CCAUUUUCAGUUUGCACUUUUCUUAUUCCUUUAUUUCAUAUAUUUUUGCUAUGUUCAGCUUAAAUCGAUAAAAUUUAUGUCAUUAUUUGAAAAAUUUUGAAGGAUAAUAUUAUGACAUUAAUAUCUUAAAUAUUUAUAUAGUUAUUCAAAUUACUUACAUGGCAAAAUUGAAAUGCGCCAAAUGUUCAAAGACUUGCAAGGGACACGUUCUCAAAGUCGAUGAUAAAUAUUACCAUAAACUGUGCUUCGAGUGUAUAGAAUGUUCUGCGCCUUUGAAGGAAAUUAAUUUUUGCGUGCGAGAAGGUUUUCUAUAUUGUCAAAAUCAUUUCAACCAAAAAUAUGGCACCCGAUGCCAUAAAUGCGGACAAUACAUGAGUGGAGAAGUUAUAACGGCCGAAGGAAAAUUUUAUCACCCCGAUUGCUUUUUGUGCUACACCUGUGGUGUAAAGAUGGCUCCCGGUAACGAGAUACUCGAUACCGGAAAUGGUAUAUCUUGCGACUUAUGCGCAUCUCGUCUUAAACUCCCUUCUCCUAUUAAAUCUGUAUCACGUGACGUUGAGACUCGACAUAUGGGAGAUCAUGGGCUUGAUGCCCGACCAAUCAUUAACGGGGAUUUGGGAUCUAACGGUCAUCCUACACCGGACCAUGUGACGAUUAACGGUAAUUUGGUUACUCUGAUGAAUGAAUCACCUUACUCACAAGUUCCUUGCUCUCAGUCAAAGAAGACAAAUAAUUUGAGCGGCGACAGCAUCAAUAAUAAGCUUAUCAGUGCCGACGGAACUAUUAUCGGACCUCUAGAUUCUCUGAAAUGUGAAUCAUGUCAUGAAAUUAUAAAGGGCCAAUUGUUGCAGGCUGGUGAUAAAUUUUUCCACCCCGAAUGCGGUCGAUGUAUAAUUUGUGAUCAACCCUUCAAAGAAGCGGAAGAUGUAUAUUUAUUAGGCACUGAUAUAUGGCAUUCUUAUUGCGCCUUUCCUAAAGACAACACCUAUUCAUUUGAUGCCAGUCAUUCAGCCAACACUAGCUUUUUCUCCCGUGGUUCAACUCCAUAUUCUAGUCUUGAUAGAAGCAGAAAUCCAUAUGGUGGUGGGCUAUGUUAUUACCCCCAUCAAAGCAAUAGCGUUUACGAAUAUGAUACCAACAAUGAAUGGGGUGUAGCUCAAAUCUACACUAUAAGCUAUUUAUAUCCCGGUAAUGAUCAAGGCUAUCUUAGAACCACUCUCCCCAUCAAAGUUCCCAAGUCGCCACAUUUUCACAGACCUCCUGGACGAUUUACCUAUCACAGAGAUAAGGGAAGAUUUAUGAUACCGGCUAAGAAGAAAGGGAUGAUUGCCAUGGUGGAGAAUAUGGAGGACACCGUAUCUUUCUCACGUCGAUCUUCCCCUUCUUCCUGUUCUCAACAUCCCUCUUACAAGAAUAUCCUGCCAUUAGAUUCAUCACAUCCAGUUAUUACUUCCGUCUCUGGUCAAGACCCACAAGAACCAAUAGAAUUAGCCCAUUACCCGGCCGCUAAAAAGCCCGACCUUGAAGAAAUAUCACAUCCCAAAAUUGAGAGGGAGGAUUGGCCGGGACCGCCAUACGGUCCUGCUAUACCCGAACGAAAAUAUUUAUGGAUUAGGCCCGAGGAUAUGUUCAUAGAAGAAAAGGAAGCUAUUGAAGUGGAAAAGGCUAAAAUAAAAAAAGAAACUAAAUAUUUAGAAAAACUUGAAUCUGGUCUUGGAAAGGUAUUUUUAAAGGAUUUAGAAGAGAAAGAAAGGAGGAUUCCUUCUAUGUUACCUAAAUUGAUAGAUCCAAGAAAUGCAUCACGUACUCCUUCGGCUAGAAAAGAGCCACGUAUCCCUACUAGAUACGGCUCCCCCAUUUGGGCAUCGCCAUCUAGAUACGUAACCUAUCCAUCAAAAUUCAAAAGACCCGAUGAUACAUAUUUAUGUAAAUAUCACAGUUAUCGAAAUUCGCCUUGUCAAAUGAAUUAUCCCGAUAAGGAUUAUUGUAAGAAUAUCGAAGUAUUAUCAAAAUCCUCGACGCUCCCUGGUAUCAGCGCUGAAGAAUUGACCGCAGAAGAAAUUCAGUAUUACAUGAACGAAAAUCAUAGAGCUAAAAGCGCCGAAUUAGCCAAUAUAUCUCAGCAGGAAUUGCAAAAUGAUAUUGAAGGGCCUGACCAAAAAUAUAUUUACCGUGGACCCAUGAUUAAUGAGAUGUACAGGAUGUUUCCACAUACGGCUCAUCACAGACGUUCAAUGCCGAAUAUGAGUGAAUCUGUCAAAGUGUACCCUUAUCAUUUGCUCAAAACUACUAAUAGAAAGUUACCUAAAGAUGUGGAUCGCACCUUUCUUGAAAGACAUUUAGCCUUAGAUGAAUUUAAGUAUCUAUUUGGAUGCACUCCCAUAGAAUUUUACAAGUUGCCAGAAUGGAGAAGGAAUUUAAUGAAAAAGGCCGCUAAAUUAUGGUGAAUAUAUGAACGCUUCAAUAUCAAUCUUUUUUUUUAUUUCUAAAUUAAAUCUAGUUAUAUUCAACUUUGAGCAAUUAUUUUAAUAUUAUUGUGUCAUCAAAAUUUAUUUAUAAUUUUUAUAGCCUCAUAAAUUUACCAAAGUUUUUUAUUAAGUAUUAUGCUUUUUUUCUUAUAAUUUUUAUCUUUUAAAUUAAGCUAAUCCUUUAAAUGUUUUAUCCUACCCCCAUCUCAUUAUAGUAAAUUAUUAAACAUUUAUAUAUGAAUAUAUAUUUAUUUUUCACACUAUUAAAAUUUACAUGAUUAA